ACUCCAGUCACACACAUCCCACACUCAAAUUACGCACACUGACCUCGGCUCGGGAUGAGUGACUUUGAUGUGCGUUGGGCGUUGAUUUCAGACCGGGACAGCAUCACCAAGCUAAUCCGGACACCGGGCGUCAAGUGGUUCGGCAACAUCCGGCAAAAGUUCUAUGGCACAGACUCGCUUUUCAACUGCUACCAGACCCACAGGAUGGUGGCCCAUUCCGUGGAAACUUCGAAGCUGGUAGCCUACGCCGAGUUCCGUACAUAUCCGUCUAUUACUGCCCUGCCUAACGACUGUUGGCUGGAAUGGUUGUCCGUUAGAUACUGUUUGCCCAUGCCUAUUAGCUGGCUAAACACUCUGUUUUUUAACUUUUGCAUUUACAAGAGCGAGUGUCCCGAGGUUCUGGCCCAAGUCCUGCAGGAAGUUUUCUACCUGGAGAACAGGGCCACGUAUUUUAUCACCGUAAAAAUGCCCAAUGUUAAGCAGCAGGCGCACUUAAAGGAGUACUAUGGGGAUCUGGAGAAGUUGUGCAAGAUAUACUAUCCCCGGGAGUACAGUAUAAACAACAAUUUCAAUACGCAGUCACUGUACAUUGUGGAACGGUUCGAUAUGCUUCCAAAGAUUACCUACCGUAAGGCACUGGCCGAGGAUAAUGACGACAUCAUUGCCAUUCAGGAGGUCGAGAUGCCGGAGCUGCGAGAGGAGCUGGGUGACUUCUAUAUAGCAGAGGAGCUGAUGCAUCAGGAGAGGGAGCCCCAAGAAGAGGGUGAUCUUCUUGUGGUGGCUGAAAUGAACAACAAGUGCCAGGAAACCGAGCUGGCCAUCUUCAUAUGGAUGACCACAAACUUUGACAUCCGGUACUAUGUGUGCAACUACGAAAUGGGUUCUUUUGGGAACUUGGUGAAAUUCGACCCGCGCAUGUCCUUCCACUACGAAACGUUGACGGUGAGCUCGGUUCACCGAAGAGCGGCGGCCAGUAUGUUCACCACGGACGCUCUGGAAGAUCUCGACGCCAUGACGAUAGUUGGAGGACUUCAGCGCAAUGACAGCGGCAUGAGUGUCGCCAGUGUUGGAAAGAUGAAGGUCAGCUCGAUUAACGGAACCAUUGACGACGCCCAUGUGUCCAAGGCCAACAAGUUCUACAUGCGGGAGGUUCUCUACUCAAAGUUCAAAAACAUUCUUGAAAAACUCCGCAGUUUGGACUACUAUCUAAGGCAAGAAACGAAUACCAUUAACUUUGUGUACAACGCCAUGUCCAAGCCUCCGGGUCCUAAGGCUAUCCGGGAGGCAUCAAAUGUUUUUCUUGUCAAGUGCGUAAUGGCGCGACAGGACUUUCCACUGCCCAGGCUCUUCAAUGCAGUGGUUGCCAUGUUUUCUGCCUAUCCGGAUAAGGACUACGGCAUGAUGGUGAUACCGAAGCGGGCCAAAGCUAUCACGAGUCAUAUGGAGGUGCUGCAGUACUUCAUACCCGUAGCUUCGCGGCCUUCGGAUGAGUCUAAUCAGGAGGAGGUCUACAUUACUCAUCGAAGCACGAUAUUUGGUGAGAUUAGCCUUUAUAAGCUCGAGAAGGAUGACGUGAGUGUCGUGCACUCGUUGUCCUUGGGCAACACGACCGAGGUAGGCUCGCCAGCGGGAUCGAAUAGCAGCAGCGUGUCCUACUGCUCCAAGAUUAACUUGAGGGAGGAGGCGGAGAACGAGCUGGUCGUCCUGGACGCCAUCAUGAAGGAUGUGCUGGAGAAUGAGUACAGCGACUUUCAUAUGUUCACCAUCAGGUGUGGCAACUCCACUAAGCCGGCCAAAGAGAACACCUCCGUGGGAUUCGUAGUGGUCCGGCAGUUUCACGAUCACAGCAAGUUGUUCGACCACUAUAACCUGUCUAGAAGGGAAGCUCACCUCGACCGCCUAAGGGCCGAGAUCAUCUCUCUGCGCCUCCAUCCGCUGUUCAUAGUGAGCAGUAGUUUGAUCCUAAGGGAGCUGGCCAAGAAGACGCACUUUUACGACUUUUAUUUCAUCACUCCUUUUUCGGGUAGGACGUUCUCCAAUGACCUGAAGAAGAUGAUGAUGGUCCUCGAGCCGAGGGCUUUUAAAAAAGCUCCAAUUUUUUUCGAGCCCCCAUACAAACGCAAAAAGGCUACCUCGUCUGUGAAUCUGCCUACCUAUAACUUUUCAAAGGAUCACCUUAUCAUCUACCGGCACAGACUCUUUCCGGUAAAGUGGUUCACCAACAACAGCCGACUAGUCGUCAUUGGAUUCAGUUCGCUGACCAAGGCGUUUCUGCGAAAGCUAAUCUUCCAAUGGAAUAGAAAGGAUCAAAACAACCGAGGAAACUACACGUGUCUUAGUUGGGUGCAGGUAACGGUCAUCUCCAGUCCGGGAAUAGUGGAGGCGGAAUACGACAGCCUGUUCCAGUGUCCCUACUGCUCCAAUAUUCGCAAGUGCUACUUGUCGUUCAACAACCGUUCCUGCUACAUUCGGGACUGCUGUGUCCGUAUGGAUCUUCGGUUCUGGGUGCACUUUGUGCCCGGCACAGUGGAGUUCAUUGAGCGGGAUAAGAAAUUCGUUAAGUUACAGGCCUGCGAAAUUCUCUACGAUACUCUGAUUUGCCUGUGCUCCCAAGAUUAUGUGAUUCGGUCUUCGAAUGAGGAUGCCAUCAAGAAGAUUCCGUGCAACUUUGUGGAACUCAAUUGUCGGCUGAACAAGUUCAUGCUCUACUACAAGGUGCGUGCACUCCUGGAGGAGGUGCCGCGAACCUACUUGAUAGUGAUUUAUGGCAAUAAUCUCUGUACCUACGAGUGCAUCUCCUUCCUAAUCGAGCAUGGCGUCGACCACUCUCGCCUGGUGCUGGUCCAGCCACAUCGCUACACAGGGUUCGGGGAGGAGGACAAGCUGAAGAAUCCCUAUUGGGACAGCAACAUUCAGCAAAUACUGGAUGACCUUCUCUCCGACAACGGGAUGAGUAUCUACAACGAUUUUAAUUUCCACCACUGGGUGGUGCAUGAGACCACGGACUUCAUCAUGGACGUGGUCUUCCAGCACUUUCCCAGUCGCCGCAUGAUGACCUUUGAGUGUGACCUCUUUAUUUCGUUCGAUGAGGGCAAAAUUAGCUAUCAGGACAAGCAGUUAUUUAUGGCGUCCAAACUCGAAAUGGAUGGUGACCGGUUGUUGGUUGGGGAGAACUUUCAGACCAGCGAUCCGAAUAUCUAUGCCGCUGGGCCUUUUGUAAAAAUAAGACACGAGGUGAACUAUCAGUAUAGAUAUACUUCAGAAAUGGAGAUUGCCGGCAAGCUACUCCAUCAUUUGGGAAUCGCCCCCCAAAAGGAAUACGAGGAUCGCUACAACCUGCCCCUGCACUUUCAAGCCAUGUUGCCGAUGAACUACUUCAUCACCAAGGUGGUGAUGCCAAGAAGAUACCUCAGCUGCCAGUUGCCAUCCUCGAUGUGCUGCACCAUGACGACCUACAAAAACAACAUCUUCUGCCGGGUGGGCUUGUCGAUGAAUAUGAUUGUGGACGAGAUUGUAGUUGUCACCAAAAAAGAGGCUCACUUUGAUUUUCUGCAACACUUUGUGGGCAAACAUGAGCUGCUUUUGAACAAUCUUAAGGCUCGCUACAAGGCUAGAACGAUUGAUUGUUUUAUAACCUUCUUCCAAGAGCCCUGGACGGAGCUGAUCAUGCAUGAAAAUUUCGCGGACCUGCAGGCGGAAAACAGAGACCUUCUGAAACCCAUGGCUAUGUCCACGUUAACGAGGUCUAAUGUGGGCGCCUUCAAGGAUGUAACCGACAUGGACUUCGUGACGCUGAACAAGCGCUAUCUGGAGCACAAGCUGCUUAGUUUUCUGAGGGACAAUCGACGAGACUUCCGGCAAAGAUUCGCCUUGCCUGAGGACUUUUUCAAGGCUGAACUACCGAUUUGGCUCCCAAAAACAGGGAAGUCGGAGGACGAUACCGAGUAGGCUCGAUUCAUUUG